AUGAUUGGGCAACUCGCUGCUGCAGUUUGCUCUGUCUAUGGCAUUGCUUAUUCCGGCUAUUACCUGACUCACCUGGCUCUCGAGCUGGUUGUAGAUGGGAAAGGAAAGAAGGUUCUAAAGGAUAGGUCGAGGGCUGUCCCUCAUGCUUCUCUCUUUCCACAGAGCACAGAAGCAACAGCACUCUCUGCCCUGGCUCCCUCUGCUCCUGGAGAAGAGGCCAAAGAGGAGCCAAAGGAGGGAAAUUACUGCCUGAUUCCAGCUGUGGUCACAGCACAGCUGGAAUAUUCCAAGCCAGGAUCCGUCCAGCACCUUGUGGAACAGCAGGACGUGGAACACAGUGGGGAUGUGUCACCAGCAGUGACACCCACUUCAGCAGGGGCAGAGAGUGGUGCACACGAGAGCCUCAGCCCCUCAGCUGAUGAGCCGCUCUUCUUGAAUGCAGCUGAGCACAUGCACACUGAGGUGGUUAAGGAGGCCGUGCUUGUGGCCCGGAGACCCUUGGAGGAGCCAGAAGAUCCCUGCGAGCAGAAACAAAGUGGAGAUGAAGAGAUGGGAGCAAAAGCCAGAGCAGCAGAGGCAGAGAGCCCUGCCUAUGUCCCACACAGCCCCAGAGCCGAUGGCCUGGUUCUCCUGGACACAGCCCAGUCCAUGGCAGCCUCAGCAGAAGGGACAGAGAGCCCAGGACAUACUGUGCACAGUCAAACUGCUGACGCUCCGCUAUUCCUGGACCACAGGGACUUCCUCCAGACUGAGGGGCUUAAGAGGGCUGUGCUGAUGGUCCAGGAACCAUUGGAAUAGCCAAAAGAAGCGCAGAAGCAGGAAGGAAGCAGGCACGAGGCAGGAGCAGGCAGAGACAGAGAGCCUGGCACAUGCCCCACACAGCCCCACAGUCCAUGACCCACCUCUGCUGGAAACAGCAGAGUGCGAUAGGAGGGGCUUUUCCCUCUUUGUUGUGUCUUCUUCUUUUGUAGGGUUUGAAUGGAUAAAAACCAAUCUAUCUAUCCACCUAUACAUGUACCUAUAGAUCCAUUUAUAUAGAUGCCUCUCUUUAU